CUUUAUACACAAAGCAAUUCCACUUCUUCUUCUUAUUCCCCUUUGACGCCGAUAUGAAAAAGCAAGAUAGAAGAUCUUGUAACUGAAUGUACAUUUAAACAUAAAAUUACAGAAGCGCUUUUAUACCAAGAGAGUUUACAUAUUUAACCAGUUUUCCCGAGGACAGUGUUGAAGGCGGAUCUACGGAACACAACUGCACAAUAAUUUAGGUCGAAGUAUUAGGUACCUCUCGUUGCUUAAUACAUUCGGCCACAAACAGAGAGACCAUUAACACAAAUAUCUAUGCUGCUAUCAUUCAGUCGACGGUCCGUGUAGAAUUGAUAUACCUAACUGAAAUUUGGUGGUCCAGUCAGUACAUAACGGUGCUUCGUUCAAUAAACUGUAACGAGUUCUUGGUUAAUAACUUUCAACAUUUAACAUGGAAAAAUUUCUUAUUUUGAAAGACAAUACCCGAAAGGUACGACGUUUCAAUUUAAGCGGCCGUACUUUGGAAUUUAAGUUAAAGCCCAUACCUAAAGAUGCCAACCCCAUACACUGGACAAAAGAAGCAAUCACACAAAUUGUUCAUAAAGGUGUAGAAGGAUUGUCUCCACAUGAUAUGGUGGGUUUUUCCUUUUGUUCUAAAGAUUUUAAGAAUGGCGAAGGAUGGUUGCAAUUUCGAACUGCUGGCGAGCUUUCUGUUGGUGACAUUUGGAAGAUGAUAUCCUCAAUUUAUCAGUCCAACUCUAGCGGAUUAAAUACUGAAACGUUUUGUCUUCGAGUAACAUCUGUGCGUUUACCCUCUGGAAACGGUAGACCUCGAACGUACAACAGCUAUACGGAGGAGUGUAGUAGACGCCGCGGUAUUGUGGUUAUAAAAAACAAAGAUAAUCUCUGCCUACCCCGCGCCUUGAUCGUUGGAAAAGCACACGCGGAUAAAGACUCUGAUUAUAAUCGCAUUCGCGAUAGAGCUACUGUGCAAAAGGCUAGAGCUCAACAGCUGGUUCAAGAAGCAAAUGUAAUAAUACCAUCAGGCGGUUGUAGUAUAGAAGAACUACGAGGAUUUCAGCAAUAUUUGGUUGAUUAUAAGAUUACAGUGUAUCAACACAAUACCAAAGGCAGGGAAGUGGUGUUUGAAGGUCCCGAAAUGAAUAAAAAAAUAAAUCUGCUUUACGACGACAAUCAUUUCAACGUGAUUACUUCAUUAACGGCUGCUUUCGCGUGCAGCUAUUAUUGCGAACCCUGUCAUACACCGUUCGAUCACAAAAACAACCACCGAUGUGAGGUUACGUGUGCUGCGUGUCAACAAACACCAGCAUGUUCACCAGAUGGAGAUAUCAAAAUUAAUUGCGAAAAAUGUAAAAGAGUGUUUCGGGGAAAAACGUGUUUUGAAAAUCACAAAGUACAUAAUAUAUGCUCCCAAAUUAGUCGUUGUGAAAACUGUUUUGCUAUAUACCGCAACACCAGGAACCAUAUCUGUGGAGAGGUGUUUUGUAAGACGUGUAACUGCCAUGUAGAAAGGGAUCACCUCUGUUAUAUGCCUAUAGAUAGAGGUACCCCGAAAAUAGAGAAUACGCUUUUUGUGUUUUACGAUUUAGAAACUAUGCAAGAGCAAAAAUUGUCAAAUGGCUCUCUUUUACAUCAACCUAAUCUGUGUGUGUUCGUACAGUGCUGUGACAAGUGUAUAAACGAAAAGAAACUAUAUUUUUGUCAAAAGUGCGGUUUUCGGCAAAAAAUAUUGACCGCUGAUGUAAUACCGACAUUUAUGGUACACAUCUUAAACAUGAGAAAAAAAUUCAAAAACAUUAUCGUCGUUGCUCACAAUGGUGGCGGUUUCGAUCAUCAGUUCAUUUUAAACUACGUUCUAACACAAACCGACCUAAAACCAGACUUGAUAAUGAGAGGAACUAAAUUGAUUUCUAUGAUGUUAGAGAAUAUUAAAUUUCUUGAUUCCUUAAACUACUUUCAAAUGGCACUGAGUAAAUUACCUAAAGUUUUCGGUUUAAAAGAGCUAAAGAAAGGCUACUUUCCACAUUUGUUCAACAUAACAGAAAACCAAAAUUAUAUAGGCCCAAUUCCACCCAUAGAAACCUUCGACCCAGAUAACCUCAGGUGCAACGAGAGACAAGAAUUGAUGGAAUGGCAUGCGGGAAAGAUAGCUGAAAAUUACGUGUUUAACUUUAAAGAAGAACUUAUAGAAUAUUGUGUAUCCGAUGUAGAUAUAUUAGCACAGUCGUGCCUCAAAUUUAGACAAUUGAUGAUAAAGGAGGGAAAUGUUUGUCCCUUUACAGAAAGUGUCACACUACCGGGGGCGUGUAAUAAAAUAUUCCGUCGCGGGUUUAUGACACCAAACACCAUAGGAUUAAUACCAAAGGGUGGUUACAGACAUUGUGACAACCAAUCGAAAAUUGCUACACGGUGGUUACUAAUAGAAGAGUGCAAACGCCAAGUUGAUAUAGUACAUUCCGCUAAGCAGAAAGAAGCCAGAGUUGCAGGUGUAAAAGUUGAUGGUUUUUGUGUCGAAACCAAUGAAGUAUACGAGUUCUACGGAUGUUACUAUCAUGGCUGUCCUAAGUGCUUCAAACAUGCAAGAAACGUACCUCUAUCGGAUAAUACAGCGGAGACGCUUGAGUACCGUUAUGAAGCCACACUAGCAAAAUCAAAUAGAUUAAAAGAAUUGGACUACUCGGUUAUCGAGAUGUGGGAGUGUGAUUUUCGACGGUUGAUGACAAAGGAACUGUAUAAUUAUACGGAAACACACCCUAUAAUGUCCUAUUCACCACUCAACCCAAGAGAUGCAUUUUAUGGAGGGCGAACAGGUAACGUGAAAUCGUUUUACAAAGCAAAGCAAGAUGAACAAAUAAAAUACGUCGAUUUUACCUCCCUCUACCCCUAUGUUAAUAAAUACUGUAGUUACCCUAUAGGACACCCCACAGUAUAUAUUGGAGGGGACUGUGGUAAAUUAAAUCUUGAAACGAUAGAUGGAUUAAUUAAAUGCAAAGUGUUACCACCACAGUCAUUAUUCCAUCCGGUGCUGCCUGUAAAAAUGAAUAAAAAAUUAAUGUUUGUUCUUUGUCGUUCAUGCGGUGAGAGUUUCAACCAAGGGUCUUGUAAACAUAACGACGAUGAGCGCGCGUUAACAGGAACUUGGGUGAUAGAUGAAGUUAAGAAAGCUAUCGAAAAAGGAUACAAACUCUUAGUAACUUAUGAGAUAUGGAAAUACGACACCGAACAGUAUAACAGAAACACUAAAACUGGUGGGUUGUUUAAUGGGUAUAUAAAUAAAUUUUUGGGUAUUAAACAACAAAGUUCCGGAUGGCCAUCUAAUUGUGACACUCCAGAAAGAAAAGACAAGUAUGUUAAAGAGUAUUACGAAACCGAAGGUGUUCUACUUGAUCCUACCAAAAUUGAAAAAAAUCCUGGUUUGCGACAGUUAGGAAAAUCGGUGAUUACUUCAUUUUGGGGAAAACUAGGACAACGUGAGAAUCAGAGUAAAACCACCAUUAUCAGACAGUCUGGCGAAUUCUACAAUAUCAUUACAAAUCCUUCAAUUGAUAUAAAUUCUGUUUUGCCAAUUAAUGAAGAAACGCUACUUGUUAACUGGGAAUAUAAAGAAGAAGCUUACAAUCCUUUGUCGACGGUGAAUGUUGUUCUUGCCGCCUACACAACUGCUCAUGCGCGAUUAAAGUUAUAUGAAUAUUUGGAACGGUUGGACGAUAGGGUUCUUUACUACGAUACAGAUUCGAUAAUCUACGUUUCGGCUCCGGAACUGUACGAUCCACCACUAGGUCAAUUUUUUUGGGCGAGUUAA